CCUCCUUAGGCGCUUCCACCCCCACUUCGGCCUCCCCACCGCACAACCCUGCGAGGUAGGCCUGGGGGAGGGAAGGCUGCACCCGCCUGUCAGAGCAGCCCCGCCUCGCAGAAGGACCAGAUUGGGGGGGGGGAAGGGCGAAGGAGGGGCGGAUAGGCCGCCUUGGAAGAGCCGCGGAGGGCGAAGGGAGCGGAGGGGAAGAGCCAGCAGCGGAGGGGCGGAGCCAAAGCGGGGGAGGAGCCCAGACGCCGAACGGCGGUAGCGCCACUCCAGAAAGGAGCGAGGGGCGGAGUCACAAAGCGGGCCCGCCAAUGGGAUGGCGUAGAAGGCGGCCGCAUGCAAAUAUUCACCGGUCCCGCAGAGAAAGUUUUCUUCCCACGUCCCACAAUCGGAGAAAUAUACGGGCGCUACAGGGGAGGAGAAGGCCCCGCCCACAGAUGCGCAAUCAGACAAGCGACGGAAGUAGGUCUAUGGUUAGGCGACGGAAGUGUCAGAAUGCAGGAGGACGGAGGAUGGCGGCGGAUGCAGGAAAGAGGCGCCGCCCGAGAGGAGGAGGAGGAGGAGAGCGGGCCCCGCGGAGCUGUCCUGACCGGUCCUGGCGCGGCUUCUCCGGGAGACGGUGGGGAAAGGCCGGGAGGCUCUGGAGCUGCAGGACGGAGGAGCCCAGGGGGAGCCCGGGAAAGGCGGCUGCCUGGAGGGCGACGUGUGGAGGAGGAAAGGGGCAGAGACCCCAAGACGGGCCUGGAGGGCGGAGGCUUCUUCCGAAGACCCCCAAAGCCCCGAAGGAUCCAGGAGGGAGGAAAGGAACAUCAGUGCCCGGAAUGCAAAAAAUCCUUCAAAAGAAACGGAGAUUUUCAAAGGCAUCUAAGGAUCCACAUAGGAGAAAAACCUCAUAAGUGCCUGGAGUGUGGAAAGAGCUUCAGUCAGAGGGGACAUCUUUAUACACAUCAAAGGAUCCACACAGGAGAAAAACCUCAUAAAUGCUUUCAGUGUGGAAAGAGCUUCAGUCAGAGGGGAUAUCUUUAUAUACAUCAAAGGAGCCACUCAGGAGAAAAACCUCAUAAAUGCUUUCAGUGUGGAAAGAGCUUCAGUCAGAGGGGAUAUCUUUAUACACAUCAAAGGAUCCACUCGGGAGAAAAACCUCAUAAGUGCCUGGAGUGUGGAAAGAGCUUCAGUCAGAGGGGACAUCUUUAUACACAUCAAAGGAUCCACACAGGAGAAAAACCUCAUAAAUGCUUUCAGUGUGGAAAGAGCUUCAGUCAGAGGGGAUAUCUUUAUAUACAUCAAAGGAGCCACUCAGGAGAAAAACCUCAUAAAUGCUUUCAGUGUGGAAAGAGCUUCAGUCAGAGGGGAUAUCUUUAUACACAUCAAAGGAUCCACUCGGGAGAAAAACCUCAUAAGUGCCUGGAGUGUGGAAAGAGCUUCAGUCAGAGGGGACAUCUUUAUACACAUCAAAGGAGCCACUCAGGAGAAAAACCUCAUAAGUGCCUGGAGUGUGGAAAGAGCUUCAGUCAGAGGGGACAUCUUUAUACACAUCAAAGGAGCCACUCAGGAGAAAAACCUCAUAAAUGCCUGGAGUGUGGAAAGAGCUUUGGUCAAAGGAGCAGCCUCUAUAAACAUCAAAGAAUCCACACAGGAGAGAAACCUCAUAAAUGCCUGGAAUGUGGAAAGAGCUUCCGUCAUACCAGCACCCUUUAUAGACAUCAAAGGAUCCAUUCAGGGGAGGAACCAUAUAAAUGCCUGGAAUGUGGAAAGAGUUUUAGAUACAAGACAAGCCUUAAUAGGCAUCAAAGAAUCCAUUCAUUAGGGGUACCAGAUGAAGUUCUGAUGUAUGAAAAGACAUUCAAUCACAGUGGAAACUUUUAUAAACAUCAAAAAAUCCUCACAGGAGAAAAACCUCAUAAAUGCCUGGAGUGUGGCAAGAGCUUUGGUCAAAGGAGCACCCUCAAUAAACAUCAAAUAAUCCACACAGGAGAAAAACCUCACAAGUGCCUGGAGUGUGGAAAGAGCUUCAGUCAGAGGAGCAACCUUUAUAUACAUCAAAGGAGCCACUCAGGAGAAAAACCUCAUAAGUGCCUGGAGUGUGGAAAGAGCUUCAGUCAGAGGAGCAGCCUCUAUAAACAUCAAAGGAUCCACACAGGAGAAAAACCUCAUAAAUGCCUGGAAUGUGGAAAGAGUUUUAGAUACAAAACAAGCCUUAAUAGGCAUCAAAGGAUCCAUUCAGGGGAGGAACCAUAUAAAUGCCUGGAAUGUGGAAAGAGUUUUAGAUACAAGACAAGCCUUAAUAGGCAUCAAAGAAUCCAUUCAUUAGAGGUACCAGAUGAAGUCCUGAUGUAUGAAAAGACAUUCAAUCACAGUGGAAACUUUUAUAAACAUCAAAGAAUCCUCACAGGAGAAAAACCUCAUAAAUGCCUGGAGUGUGGAAAGAAUUUUGGUCAAGGGAGCACCCUUUAUAAACAUCAAAGGAUCCAUUCUGGAGAGAAACUGAAGAAAUGCCUGGAGGGCGGAGGGUCCUUCGGAAGACCUGGAGAUCCCCAAAGGAUCCAGGAGGGAGGAAAGAAACAUCAGUGCCUGGAAUGUGAAAAAUCCUUCAGAACAAACUACCAUCUUCAAAGCCACCUAAGAAUCCACACAGGAGAAAAACCUCAUAAAUGCCUUGAGUGUGGAAAGAGCUUUGGUCAUAUCAGCACCCUCUAUAAACAUCAAAGAAUCCACACAGGAGAAAAACCUCAUAAGUGCCUGGAGUGUGGAAAGAGCUUCAGUCAGAGGGGACACCUUUAUAGACAUCAAAGAAUCCACUCAGGAGAAAAACCACAUAAAUGCCUAGAAUGUGGAAAGAGCUUCAGUCAGAGGGGACACCUUUAUAGACAUCAAAGAAUCCACUCAGGAGAAAAACCACAUAAAUGCCUGGAGUGUGGAAAGAGCUUUGGUCGUAUCAGUAUCCUUUAUACACAUCAGAGGAGCCACACAGGAGAAAAACCACAUAAAUGCCUGGAGUGUGGAAAGAGCUUUGGUGAUAGCAGUACCCUUUAUAGACACCAAAGGAUCCACACAGGAGAAAAGCCACAUAAAUGCCUAGAGUGUGGAAAGAGCUUCAGUCAGAGGGGACACCUUUAUAGACAUCAAAGAAUCCACUCAGGAGAAAAACCACAUAAAUGCCUGGAGUGUGGAAAGAGCUUUGGUCGUAUCAGUAUCCUUUAUACACAUCAGAGGAGCCACACAGGAGAAAAACCACAUAAAUGCCUGGAAUAUGGAAAGAGCUUCAGUCAUAGCAACAGCCUUUAUACACAUCAAAGGAUCCACACAGGAGAAAAACCUCAUAAAUGCCUGGAAUGUGGAAAGAGCUUCAGUCAAAGGCGCAGCCUUUAUAGACAUAAAAGGAUCCACACAGGAGAGAAACCUCAUAAAUGCCUGGUAAGAAAGGAGGACGGAGGAUGGCGGCGGAUGCAGGAAAGAGGCGCCGCCCGAGAGGAGGAGGAGGAGGAGAGCGGGCCCCGCGGAGCUGUCCUGACCGGUCCUGGCGCGGCUUCCCCGGGAGACGGCGGGGAAAUGCCUGGGGGCUCUGGGGCUGCAGGAGGGAGGAGCCCAGGGGGAGCCCGGGAAAGGCGGCUGCCUGGAGGGCAAUGCGGGGAGAAGGAAACGGACGGAGAACUCGAGACUGUCCUGGAGGGCGGAGGCUCCUUCAGAAGACCCCCAAAGCCUCGAAAGAUCCAGGAGGGAGGAAAGGAACGUCAGUGCCCGGAAUGCAAAAAAUCCUUCAAAAGAAACGACCAUCUUGAAAAACAUCUAAGGAUCCACUCAGGAGAAAAACCUCAUACAUGCCUAGAAUGUGGAAAGAGCUUCACUCAGUUGGGAAACCUUUCUAGACAUCAAAGGAUCCAUUCCGGAGAAAAACCAUAUGAAUGCCUGGAGUGCGGAAAGAGAUUCAAUCUGAGGGAAAGCCUUAAUACACAUCAAAGGAUCCACACUGGAGAGAAACCACAUAAAUGCUUGGAAUGUGGAAAGAGCUUCAGUGUGAGGGAAAGCCUUUAUAGACAUCUAAGCAUCCACUCAGGAGAAAAGGAAUAUCAGUGCCGGGAAUGUGAAAAAUCCUUCAAAUCAAAUAAUGAUCUUGAAAACCAUGUAAGAAUCCACACAGGAGAGAAACCUCAUAGAUGCUCUGAGUGUGGAAAGAGCUUCAAUCAUAUGAGCAGCUUCUAUAGACACAAGAGAAUCCAUUUACAAAAAACUUACGAAUGCUGGGAAUGUGAAAAAUCCUUCAAAACAAUUCAAAUCCUUGAAAAACAUUUAAGAAUCCACUCAGAAGAGAAACCAAAUAAAUGCCUGGAGGCCGGGGAGUCCUUCGGAAGACCCGGGAGUCCCCAAAGGAUCCAGGAGGGAGGAAAGAAAUAUCAGUGCCCAGAAUGUGAAAAAACCUUCAAGAGAAAUGGACAUCUCCAACUCCAUCUAAGCAUCCACUCAGGAGAAAAGGAAUAUCAAUGCCCAGAAUGUGAAAAAUUCUUCAGAAGAAAAGACCAUCUUCAAAGCCAUCUAACAAUCCACUCAGGAGAGAAACCUCAUAAAUGCCUGGAGUGUGGAAUGAGCUUCAAUCACAGGAGCAGCUUUAGUAGACAUCAAAGAAUCCACUUGGGAGAGAAACCGAACAAUUGCUUGGAGUGUGGAAAGAGCUUCAAUGACGGGAGCAGCCCUUGUAGACAUCAAACAAUCCAGUCAGGAGACAAACCGAAUAAAUGCCUGGAGUGUGGAAAGAGCUUCAAUGAUAGGAGCAGCCUUUACAGACAUAAAAGAACCCACUCAGCAGAAAAACCGUAUAAAUGCGUGGAGUGUGGAAAGAGCUUCGGUCAUUGGAGCAAUCUUCAUCUACAUCAAAGGAUCCACUCAGGAGAGAAACCGUAUAAAUGCCUGGACUGUGGAAUGAGAUUCUGUCAGAGAAGCAGCCUUUAUAGACAUAGAAGAAUCCACUCAGGCGAGAAACCGUAUAAAUGCCUGGAGUGUGGAAAGAGUUUCCGUCAGAAGACUAACCUUUAUUUACAUCAAAGGAUCCACUCAGGAGAGAAACCGUAUAAAUGCCUGGACUGUGGAAAGAGAUUUAUGGAUGGUGGGAACUUCCGUAAACAUCAAAGGAUUCACACAGGAGAAAAACCAUAUAAAUGCCCGGAGUGUGGAAAGCGCUUUAAUCACACAGGACACCUUAUUACACAUCAAAGAGUCCACCUAGGAGAAAAACAAAAAACCCGGCUGGGGUGCGGAAAGAGCUUCACUGACAGGAGAACAGACAAAAGACUCGGGAAUCCCCAAAGAAUCCAUGAAGGAGAAAGGAAAUAUCAGUGCACAGAAUGUGAAGAAUCUUUCAAAACGAAUAGAGGUCUUCUAAACCAUCUAAGAAUCCACACAGCAGAGAAAGCAUUUCAAUGUCUGGAGUGUGGAAAGUGCUUCACUCACAAGAGCACCCUUAACAGACAUCAAAUAAUCCACUCAGGAGAGAAACUGCAUAAGUGCCUAGAUUGUGGAAAGAGCUUCACUCGGAAGGGACGUCUUUAUGCACAUCAAAGAAUCCACACAGGAGAAAAACCAUAUGAAUGCUUGGAGUGUGGAAUGAGCUUUACUGACAGUGGGAAUCUCCGCAAACAUCAAUGGAUCCACACUGGAGAAAAACCAUAUAAAUGCGUGGAAUGUGGAAAAUGUUUCAAUAUUAGAGGAACUCUGUAUAGACAUCAAAUGAUUCAUACUGGAGAAAAACCACACAAAUGCCUCGAAUGUGGAAAGUGUUUCAAUAUGAGAGGAACUCUGUAUACACAUCAAAUGAUUCACACAGGAGAAAAACCACAUAAAUGCCUGGAAUGUGGAAAGAGCUUUAAUCGGAGAGGAAACCUUUACAUACAUCAAAGAAUCCAUACUGGAAAACCAUAUAAAUGUCUAAAGUGUGGAAAGUGUUUCUCUGCAAACAGAAGUCUCUAUACGCAUCAAAGAAUCCACACUGGAGAAACAUCAAAUACCACGUUUCCCACAAAAUAACCCUAGCCUGAUUUUUAAGCAUGCGCCUAAUAUAAGCCCUGCCCCCAAAAAUAAGGCCCAGUGAAGGGAGGUGGGCAUGGCCAGCACAGGAGACAGCAAACCCUUGUCAUCCGAUGUUGUCUGGCAGCAGCUGCAGCCCACACAGCACAGGUGAGUUGAUUACCUGUGCAAGCAGCAGGUGGAAGCAGAGGCAGAGGGGUAGGCUUUUCUAGGAAAGCCAAGUCUGCCAGAAUCAGCGGGUGGCUGUGGCAGGCUCAUCUUCACGCAACGACACUGGCAGCAGACGGAGGCAGAGGCGCAGGGGGUUAGGCAAGCAAUCCAGAUGCGCUGCAGAGAUCUUUAAAAAGCCUACUGCAGGAGACUCAACUUUACAUCUCUCAGCUUGGCUGCAGCUCGCACAGCGCAUCGAGAUCACCUGCCUUCCCCUGCCCCUCUGCCUCCGUCUGCCAGGGUCACUGAGGGAAGAUGAGCCUCCCAUGGCCGGCCACAGCUCUAGCCCACUGACUCUCAGCUUGCCCAUGCUGAGCAGCCUGCUUUACCCCCCCACCUCUACUCCCACCUGCUGGUUACACAGGUAAUCAACUGAAACAUGGUAAAUGCCUUGAGUGGGGCAAGAGCUUAACUAAGGAUGUAAACCUUUGUCAACAUCAAAGAAUCCACACUAGAGAAAAAUUUUAUAAAUGCCUGGAAUAUGUAAUGUGGUUCAAUAUGAGAGUAGCUCUAUAAACAUCAAAUGAUUCACACAGGAGAAAAACCAUAUAAAUGCCUGGACUGUGGGAAAAGCUUCAGGUCAAAGGAGAACCUUUAUUCACAUCAAUAAAUCCACAUGAAAACAGUAUAAUUUUUUUUUUUAAAAAAAGUAGUUUGCUCUCUAUUGUGUUUAAUUUUGGUGUAGUUUAGUUUUAGUUUUAGUUUAGUUUUUAUUGAAUUUCUAUACCGCCCUACUCCCGAAGGACUCAGGGCGGUGCACAGCCAUGAAAUAAAACACAUAGAUAUACAAAAUUUAAAAUCGAAUAAAAUGAAUUAAAUAAAUUUGGCUGAAUUAAUACCCAUAAUUUUAAAUACCCAUAUUUUAAAAUACAGUAAAAAUUUAAAAUUUACACUUAAAAGGGAGAAGAUUUAGGCGAGGCCAGCUUGAUGAAAUAAAAGCGUCUUCAGCUCGCGGCGGAAGGUGCGCAGGUCCGGAAUCCUCCGUAUCUCUGGGGGGAGCUCAUUCCAGAUCGUCGGUGCCCCCACAGAGAAGGCUCUCCCCCUAGGGGCCGACAGCCGACAUUGUUUGGUUGACGGCACCUGGAGGAGCCCCUCUCUGUGGGAGUGUACUGGUCGAUGGGAGGCUAUUGAUGGUAGUAGGCGGUCCCGUAAGUAACCAGGUCCUAAGCCAUGGAGCGCUUUAAAGGUGGUAACCAGAACCUUGAAGCGCACCCGGAACACCACCGGGAGGCAAUGCAGCUCGCGCAGGAGAGGUGUUACAUGGGAGCUCCACGUUGCUCCCAUAACCACCCGCGCGGCCGCACUCUGCGCCAGUUGGAGCCUCCGGGUGCACCUCAAGGGGAGCCCCAUGUAGAGAGCGUUACAAUAGUCCAGACGAGAGGUGACGAGGGCAUGAGUGACUGUGCGUAACGUGUAGUCUUCUUUUUCAGGUUGGGAUUUCUCUCUUCGUUCAUUGAGUUUCAAAAUAGAGUUCCUUCUAGACCCUUUACUUUUUCUUAGGAUUUUCAUUUGAUAAAUAUACAGUCUGAGUAUCCUGUGGGCAUAAGCUCAAACAUAUGACAUGUUUUGCAAAUCACUAUAAUGUCAGUCUCUCAUGCCCAUGAUGUUUGUUUGUUUGUUAAAUAAUAAAAAUGUCUAAAAACUUA